CUCCAGGCCGCAUGUCCUGGGCCAGCGAGUGGGAAGUCAAGGAUGCGGCUGGGCCCUGGAAGUCGAGCUGCCCUCAGGACACAAGGGACAGUCCCAGACUUGCGUUCCACGGUGCACCUGUGUGGUCUGGGACCCUAACUCAGGAGUGUGUCCCACAGUCCCAACUGAUGGCAGGUUUUCCCAGGAUGGAAGUGUCCCCCAACUGCACGCAGGACGGCGGGGGGCUGGUGCUGGUCCGCCGGCAGCCCCCGGUGCCCCCCGGCCUGCGCGAGAUGCUUAAAGCCAGGCUGUGGCGGGGCCGUGCCUGCAGCGCACGCGGGGCCUGGGCGCUGGUGCAAGAUCUGCUCCCCGCCACACGCUGGCUGCCUCGCUACCGCCCCCGGGAGGCCCUGGCGGGCGACGUCAUGUCCGGACUGGUCAUCGGCAUCAUCCUGGUGCCACAGGCCAUCGCCUACUCGCUCCUGGCUGGGCUGCAGCCCAUCUACAGUCUGUACACAUCCUUCUUCGCGAACCUCAUCUACUUCCUCAUGGGCACCUCGCGCCACGUGUCCAUGGGAAUCUUCAGCCUCCUCUGCCUCAUGGUGGGCCAGGUGGUGGACCGAGAGCUCCUGCUGGCGGGCUUCGACCCCGCCAGGGACGGCCCGGGGCCAGGGGACAACGGCAGCACCGCCAACACCUCGGCCGCGCCGGCGCUCGGGCCGCAGGGCUGCGGGCAGGACUGCUAUGCCAUCCGUGUGGCCACCGCCCUGACGCUGGUGGCUGGGAUCUACCAGGUCCUCAUGGGCAUCCUCCGGCUGGGCUUCGUAUCCACCUACCUCUCACAGCCCCUGCUCGAUGGCUUUGCCAUGGGGACCUCGGUGACCAUCCUGACCUCGCAGCUGAAACACCUGCUAGGCGUGAGGGUCCCGCGGCACCAAGGGCCGGGCAUGGUUCUCAGCACGUGGCUGAGCCUGGUGCGCAGUGCCGGGCAGGCCAAUCUGUGCGACAUGCUCACCAGCGCCAUGUGCUUGGCCGUGCUGCUGGCUGGGAAGGAGCUGUCUGACCGCUGCCGCCACCGCCUGAAGGUGCCCCUGCCCACGGAGCUGCUGGUGAUUGUGACGGCCACGCUGGUGUCCCACUUCGGACGGCUCCACGAGCGCUUUGGCUCCAGCGUGGCCGGGGACAUCCCCACUGGUUUCAUGCCCCCCCGGGUGCCGGACCCCGAGCUGAUGUGGCGCGUGGUGCUGGACGCCGUGCCCCUGGCCCUGGUGGGCUCCGCUUUCUCCAUCUCUCUGGCAGAGAUGUUUGCCCGGAGCCACGGCUACUCCGUGAGAGCCAACCAGGAGCUGCUGGCCGUGGGCUGCUGCAACGUGCUGCCUGCCUUCUUCCACUGCUUCGCCACCAGUGCCGCCCUGUCCAAGAGCCUGGUGAAGACGGCCACCGGCUGCCACACGCAGCUGUCCAGCGUGGUCAGCGCUGCCGUGGUGCUGCUGGUGUUGCUGGUGCUGGCGCCGCUGUUCCGGGACCUGCAGCGGAGCGUGCUGGCCUGCGUCAUCAUCGUCAGCCUGCGCGGGGCCCUGCGCAAGGUCAGGGACGUCCCGCGGCUGUGGCGGCUCAGCCCGGCUGACGCGCUAGUGUGGGUGGCCACCGCAGCCACCUGCGUGCUGGUCAGCAUCGAGGUCGGACUGCUGGCCGGCAUCUUCCUGUCCCUGCUCAGUCUGGCUGGCCGCACACAACGCCCACGGGCCACCCUGCUGGCUCAGAUCGGGGACUCUGGCUUCUACGAGGACACGGCAGAGUUUGAGGGCCUGGUCCCGGAGCCGGGCGUGCACGUGUUCCGCUUCGCCGGGCCGCUCUACUACGCCAACAAGGAUUUCUUCUUACAGUCGCUCUACAGCCUCACGGGGCUGGACGCAGGGAGAGUGGCCACCGCGAGGAAGGGGCGGGGCCCAGAGGCCAGGGUCAGUGAGGGAGACCCUGUCGAGGGCACGGACCUGAGCCCAGUCACCAGCACGGCCGCAAGGCUGAUGCCCACGGUGGCCAGCUUCCACACAGUGGUCAUCGACUGCGCUCCACUGCUGUUCCUGGACGUGGCUGGUGUGGCCACGCUGCAGGACCUGCGCCAAGAUUACAGGGCCCUGGGCAUCACCUUGCUCCUGGCCUGCUGCAGCCCCUCGGUGAGGGACACCCUGAAGAGAGGCGGGUUCCUUGAGGAGGCCCCAGGGGAUGCGGCCGAGGAGGGGCAGCUGUUCCACAGCGUGCAUAGCGCCGUGCAGGUGGCCCGAGCCUGCCACGGGGAUCAGACAGCCACCGACUCCGCCCUCUAGCACGGUGAGUGCCCGACACCAGCCUGUACGCCCGUCCAGGAGCCCUCGGCAGACAUGCUCACACCGUCCGGUGCUGACGUCAAUGAGCACGGUUCCCCCGAACUGAGGCUAUGCCCCAGAGGAACCAGGGACCCCGACACCUGACGACCCGGAAGCUGCGCCUUUGAAACAAACCACCACUGUGCCAGCCCGGGCCAUGGUGCUGUGUAUGUGGUCCUGCAGGGUAAAUCUGACACUGGGUGUCGCCAUCUCAUUUGAACAAGGGCCCCAAGGCAAUCAUGAGGCCUCCCUUGGCCCGCCCAGCCCAGCCCCCAUCCCUCCGGGGGAGAGGUGGCAGCUCUGGCCAGAGCCACCAGGGUCUCCGUGUCUCUGGAAGCCCUUCGAACACACACCCAAGUGUUCCUUCUGUCUCGCACCUCGGCCGGGCCGAGCCGUGCAGGCCCAAAGGUGGGCGCUCCUGCAAAGCCGACCCAGAACACGGAACCAGGCAUGUGGGUGGCCACUCUCCCGGGCUGGCUCCAGCCACAAAGCUGGUGCAGCGGGGCACCCGCCAGACCCUGAGGCUCCAAGCCCUGCCCAGUGGGAAGCCAGCUGUGCCCAAACUCAGGGCUGCCCCAGCAGCCCCCACAGCCCCCCACAGCCUCCUCCACACAGGACAUUUUGCCAGAAGUGUCGAGGCGACAGCUGCUCAGAGCAGAAACCCUCACUCCGCUCUGCCCCCACCACCGGCCCCCCUUCACCUGCACACUGUCCCCUCUCAGGCUCGGUCUUCCUCUCCAUUGAGGGCGCUUUGCCCAGCUGCCCCCACGACUCACCUGGCUGUGAUGAGCUCCAGCAGCCAGUGGGUCCGGACCUGCUCGAUGCCACCGUGAGGGACGGCGCCCACGUAGGCCAGGUUGAGCUGCUGGUCCCAGCCGAGGUCAUACUGGUCAGCCUGGCUGUGAGGCAGUGGGGGGCUGGGGAUGGAACAAGGGGGAGGGAGGCAUUGGUCCCCGGGGCGGUGCCACCAGACAGCCGCUGCACCUACACACCUAGGACACCAGUCUCCAGCAGCUGGACCAGGGAGUGCGGCUGAUGAAUUUUACAGUCUCUGAUGUAAUAAAAUGGCCCCUAGCGCCAGGUAUGUUA